AUGCUUCAAAAAGCGGUGUCAAUUGGUCACAGUGGGGCACCGUUUAGUCCGGUAAGAGAACUCCGUCACCGCCGUACAACUUCGACGGUGUUGAACAGAGGAUUUUUCUUCUCCGGUCCGAUAACACCGUUGCUUCCAACGGCGUCUAGAGUUAAGAGGAGAACCAAAAACGACGUCGUCUGUGCCGAACCCACUUCGCCUAAAGUCUCUUGCAUCGGUCAGAUCAAACACGCUAAGCCAAAAUGUACGGAGAAGAAAAACAGAGUAGCAGCACCACCUAAGAAUCUCAAAACGGUGUCGUCGUCUCUUAUCAAAGAAGAAGACAAGAGAAGUUUUUCGAAACUAAAGCGUCUCUUCUCAACGGGAAAGAAUUUGUCGAGAAAAUCCAGCUCAACCGCCGUGAUCGAACAUCCGAUCGCUGCGCCUUCACUGGGUAAAAUGAAGAAAUUUGCGAGCAGCAGAGAAGCUCUCGGCGGAUUCGAUUGGACGGCGGAGAUGAAACGGGAAGAAUCUCAACUGGAUCAUCACCGAUACUCUACCGAUGAUAGAGAAAUAAUUAUUCCAAGCUCUGUUAGAAUACCUCUGACUCAGCCAGAGGGUUUGAGUCUGUGUCCGAGGCCCAAGAGUGAAGUUAAUUUGUGGAAGAGAAGAACCAUGGAUCGACCAAAACCACUUCAAGUUAAAGCUACUUGA